AUGACUUCAUAUGAUGCUAAAGCGAAGAUGCGGACCAAGUUCCCCCCUGAAUUCAAUAAAAAGGUUGACAUGAAGAAAGUCAGCAUCGAAGUCAUCAAGAAAUGGAUCGCAGGUCAAAUCUUUGAGAUUCUUCGCUCGGAAGAUGACGUCGUUACUGAAUUGUGCUUUGGACUUUUGGAGGGCUCGCGUUUUCCCGACAUCAAAGCUCUGCAAAUCCAGCUCACUGGUUUCCUCGAUAAAGAUACUCCGAAAUUUUGCCAAGAACUUUGGCAGCUUUGUCUGGAUGCGCAAGAAACGCCUACCGGUGUUCCUAAAAAGCUCCUAGAGGCAAAGAAGCUUGAGCUUCUUCAAGAGAAGCUCGAAGCAUCGCGAGUCGAGGCAGCAAGAAUUGAAGCAUCACGCAUUGAAGGGGAGAAGGCAAACCGCUCAGACAGCUAUCGUCGCCGAUCCCGUUCCCCUCGACGAGACCGACGAGACCGACGAGACCGAAGCCGGGAUCGCUACCGUUCUCGUCGCACUGAACGCGAUUCCUACGUACCCAGCAACAGCGGUCGUGGGGACAAUUCAAACAGAAAAGAGCCGUUCAGAUCAAGUCGUACCCGCUCUCCCCAGCGCGACCAAUCACCGUAA